AGUUCCUUACUCAUCAUUUUCAACCUCCAGUCUAAAGAGAUAAAAUCAACAUCAAUAUUAAAGAUCGUUGCGGAUUGAUAAUAAUAUAAUAUAUAUACCUAUAUAACGGAAAUACCUAUACCUCAUACCCAAACAGAGACACAGCUACAAUCACGUGUUUUUCUUUCUUUUUCGGAAUUUCGCGGUUGAGUAGGUAGCAGUACACUUAGCCUUCCACGCCUUUAAUCUUGGAAUCCAAGAGGGAAAUCCUCCGUAUAAGCAAGCCAACCUCCAUCCAGCCAGCCCGGAUAACGGUGAAAUCAUACCAAUCGACAAGGAGAACAAUCCAGCCUUUUUAAACUUUACUUGAUCAUUUCCGUGGUACCGAUUUACGAAGGUUUACCAACUUCCUACUUCCUACAUACAAUACAUUACAUUACAUUAUAUUACAUACAUACAUCUAUACAUACACACACACAUACAUACUACAAAUAUUAGUUAUUCUUGACCUUCCCUUAACCCCAGUCAUCAUUGAAGGUCACGUCAACUUUCUGAUAAAUCUAUUUGUCAACCAAAUCAAAACUCAGGAAAAGUCCGAAAACCAUCGACCCCUCAGCUACUAAAAAGUUCCAAAGCAAUAUCCACUACCUAUCUAGGUACGCUUUUGAUAACUUUCCAAACAUGCAGUCAAUUGCGCCCGCGCCUGUAGCACAGAUGCAAAAUCAAGUUCGUAUUUUUCCUUUUCAUCAUGUUUACUUUUACCCAUUGUCAUUCCUUCACAUCUACUACCUUACCUAUAACUCCGGUGGUGGGCAGGACAAUUUGACUUACCUCACUUGUCAUACCCCUCCAUUCAAUUCCUUCCAACUUUCAAUUCCUAAAAAGCCUCGAGCUUUCUCAUUCGCGUGUUCGCGAAUCUAAUACAACCUCCCAAAAAGCUAUUGCAUCUUAAAGCUGACUCAGUCGCGCAGGAAAUGAGUGCAGAUAAUGGUAUAAUAUCCCCUCCCUUUCUUUAAUAUCCAAGCACAACAACGGCUUCUUGUCCUCCAUCCCAGUAUAGUAUAUGCGGCUAUACGAGUCGAGUAAACAAAAUUACCUUCAUAUAAUUUUGCGCCGCAAUCUAUAUCUCUCUUCCACUCCAUAGCACUCCCCAUGCUUAUGUUGCUUUCUGCUGACGCGCCUUAAUUCUUCCUUCAGAUUUAAGAGCUCAGCUCCUAAACCUGACCUCGCAGUCCCAGCACCAUAAUACUCAGACACAUGGCUACAAUCACGACGUGCAAGCUUCGAGCAGCGCUUCACCUCACGACCAUAAUAUAGAUCCUGCCAUCGGUGGACAAAUGAUGUCGGAAAGCGGAGGAGAUGAUGCAGAUGGUAGAAAGGGUGGGAAACGCGAGCUUUCUCAAUCGAAGCGCGCUGCUCAGAAUCGCGCAGCCCAGGUUCGUAAUUCCAACUCAUAUCGUGAAUUUUCUCGUCGGCGCAUUAUUCGUGAGGUUGUUAUGAUGCGAAGUAUCGCUCGUUUAAAAAAAAAGUUAACGUCGGGUUGAGAUUUAUGGUUCUCUUGCUUUGUCAAUUCUCAUGUCAUCCAAAAAAAUAUCCUCCAACGCAUUACCCAAGCUUACAUAAUCUAUCACACAGAGAGCUUUCCGUCAGCGUAAAGAAGGAUAUAUCAAGAAGCUUGAAGAGCAAGUUCGUGAUUUUCAUGCAUUGGAGGAUAAUUACAAGGCAAUUCAUGCCGAGAAUUACUCUCUGCGUGAGUACAUUAUCCGACUACAAUCCAGACUCAUUGAAUCCCAAGGCGAAUUUCCACAACCACCACCAAACAUUAACUUAAGCCAUACAUCAACGCACCCUCAUCCCCAACCACCUCAACAAAGGCAAAUGGAGACAUUAGAGCACAUGCAUCGUCAUGAACCAGCCAUCGCCCCAAUGGCCCCAAUGGGUGCACUUCAACCUUCUGCCGCCAGAACUCUAGCAGCAGCCAGCCUAAAGCACCCAAGUGAAGAGCAGCAAGGUCAGCAACAGCAACAAUCAUAUCCUCCUCACCAAGAAAACAAACGUUUCAAGGACGACGACACUAAUGAUGAGAAUCUCAUUCGCUCACAAUUGGGCGGUGGACAAUUGACCAAUGACAGCCUACCAACUUCCAUGUCCAUGUAAUAUCUCGCGCACAAAGUCUAACUUAUUCUUCUUGUGCUUUUUUUUUCGGCGUUGAUAAAGACGGAGGCUAUUUGGGAUGGUUCACUACGAAAGGGCACAUGGGUGGAGUUCCUACUUAUAUAAAAAGUGGUACCUCACUCCUCACGGGUGUUUUAUUCAAUCAAUAUUCCCGCUUUGCUUUUGCCAUUUCUUUCCCCGCCAUGGCGUUUAUCCUUCUUUCUUCCUUGUCUACAUCUUCACUUCUUUCACGUGUCUUUAUUCAAUGUGGUUACCAUAUGAAGGGAGUGUGUUUCGUCCAAGGUGGAUUGCGCAUGCUGCGGGAACUUCGGACGUGUGCGUAAAAGCGGAGCAAAAGUGAGUCGUUCCGAGUAAUCAAAUAUCAGUUAACUUUUUCGGCUUUUGUGAUGGGAUGGAUGGAUGGAUGGAUGGAUGGGAUACGAUGGACGGAUGUUUGGAUGGAUGGAAAGUCCGGCAUGAAUGAAUGGAUGGGUGGAUGGAUGGAUGGAUGAGAUGUGGGUAUUUAUGUGCAAUUAACUAGGCAGCUAGCUGAUCUGUCUUAUGGGAUGGUGAGAGGUAAAUGAAUGA